UUUUUUAUUUUCUGUUUCUCUUUCCUUGGUUCUUCAUUACCACAACCCACGAUCAUCCCGUCCAAAGCCCUAACCCACGAUUUUUCAACCUCUCAUCUAUGUCACUAUCUCCAUUAUCUUCCAUAAGCUCUGUAAGUUGUUCCUCCCACAUAUUGUCUUCUCUUCUUCUAUAAAUGGCCACCACUAAGUCGGGUUCGAAGUUACCUUCCCCAGCUAAAAAAAUUUCUAAAAUUUCUAAAAAACCUCCUACAAAUUCAUCUAAAGUUGAUCCUAAGAUGAGUUUGAAGCGCAUUGCGAAGAAAGGAAUGAGUGAUGUUGCAGAGCCAUCUGGUUCUAAGAAAAGACCUAUUCCAAAUAAAAUUGAGUCUCGUAAGACAAAGAGAGCAAAAUCUUCGAAAUCUGCCAAGGAUGUUAUAUCUUAUUUUGAUUUUGAGGAUGAAGUGCAUGAUGGGGAAGUGAAGCCUAAAGUUAAAUCCAAGGUAUUGUUACCUUGAAUUUUCUCAUUAUCUUAAGUUUAAAAUUUUUAAUCACCCUUUGUUUUCUUUUUGUCAAUGUUUUACCUGUUUAUAAUGACGAUUUUAUGUUUUGUCUCUUUUUUUUUUGUAUUUCUUUUAUGUCUUUUUUGUUGAUGUUGUUUUUGUAUUGUUCUUUAGUGUUUUUUGGUUUUUUUUUUUUUUUUGUGCUAUUAAACUGUUUAUAGCAUUAUUAGUUUUCCAGUAACUUAUGGCCUUGUUAUGAACAUUUGUUUAACUGUUUGUUUUCAGUUAUUUUUAGGUUGUUUAAUUUAAUUUCUUAGUUGACAAUUACUAUUUUAAUUUUAUUUUCUGCAUAUUGUUGUUAAUAUAUUGCUUUGAAGUUGCUCAUUUUUUAGGAUGAGCAUAUUGGAGUUGUUUUUUAAAUGUUAUUUUUUAGUUUUUUCCUGGUUGCUUAUUUUUUGUUUUGCAUUUUAGUUGUUACUUGCAAUGUAUUUAUUUAGUUGUUCAAAUUUGUUGCUUAUGUUUUUUUUUUUUUUCCCUCUUUCAGGUCCAUGCUAAGAGCUGAGAAAAGUAUGAAGACUUUGACUUACCCAAAAAAAAAAUCCUUCUAAGGUGUCUUUUUUUGUGUUUUUUUAUAGUACAUUUAUGUUUUUCCUUUUUCUAUUGUUUCAUGUCAUUUGUCAGUGAUGAUAAUCAUUUUUGUGUUGUCGACUUCUUUUUCUUCAUCCUGAUUGUUUUCAAGCUGUUGUACCAUUUCUGCAGCCACAAGCUUUGCGUAGUCAAAAUAUUCAUUUACUCCUGUAGUUUUUUUUGUGUUAUUUUUUGGUUGUUGGAUGGUUGUCUCUGAUGUCACAGUCCCUGUCUCUAGAAAAAAUGUAUCAUCUUGAAUUGUGUGUGCAAAUAGUUGUUGCUUGGAAGUUGUUCCUGGGUUGUUUCCAGUAGGGGUGAAAAUCGGUCGGUUAUGGUCGGUUUUUAAAAUUUUAUAACCGACCGGACGGUUACGGUUUUUAUUUUACGAAAACCGUAACCGACCGUUUAGAAAUUAUAACCGUAUAAAACCGACCGUACGGUUUUUGGCGGUUUUCGGUUUGGCGGUUUUAGGCGGUUUUGGGCGGUUUUUGGCGGUUUUAGGCGGUUUUUGGCGGUUUUUGGCGGUUUUGACGGUUUUUUGGUUAAACUAUUUUUUUAUUU